AUGAAAUCAACUCGAUUCUGUAUUUUAAACUACACGUCACUAUCAUACAGAAUUAAAAUUCUUUUUAUCGUCUUCGUACUCUUUUUCAACUUAAGCCGAUUUGCCAACUCUACCACAGUUACACUUGGUAUUGAUUGGGGUGAAGAAUACGUAGAAGCCUCCAUUGCUUUCCGCGGCCACAGACCUGACAUACUACUCACCGGCACAGGCAGUAGGAAGUUCGAAAAUGCAGUUUACCUGCUCGGAGACACGCGCUUGUUUGAUAAGGAGGCGUCGUCGUUCGCACUGAAGGAUCCGAGUAAAACCUUACAAAAAUCAGCACACCUGCUGGGAAUUCCGUUCGCGUCAAGCUCUAAGUGGACGCGAAUGUCGACAGUGAAGGCCUCAGACGUAGUGGAAACGCUGAAAAGGAACAACGUGUCGUUCCACUGGGAUUACACGCCCUACGAGUUCGGAGUGAGCAAGGACGGGCAGUUGCACCUGAAGGUGUUGAAGGAUUCCAUGGUGGGUCUGGAGGAGGCGACAGCGCACUUCUUCAACCACCUGAAAAACGUGGCACUAGACAAGCUGGUGUCAGUGAAGGCAAUCGAGUCGCACGACUCGAAGGUGGAAAUGAUGGCAGUAAUAUCAAUACCCUGUAACUACACACAGAACCAGAGAAGGGCACUUGUAUUCGCAGCCGAAAGCGCUGGACUGAAAGUGGUGGACCUGGUGCACGGGAUCACAGCAGCAGCAUGGCUCAACACGCUGGAAAUGGCGCCAGGCACGAAGAAGAUACUGUACUACGACCUGGGAAGCUCAGGAGCGAAUGUGGGAGUGGUGGAGGCGAGAGUGCCGCCGCCGAAGUCGAAGGACCACCCGCAAAUAAGGACACUCUCCUGCGUGACGUACCCAGGAAUAGGAGGAAGACAGCACGACCUGCUGCUGGCGGAGUACCUGAGGGACAAGUUCGAGUCGGACAACAACGUUAAGCUGAUGCCAGGAAACCCAAGGUCGCUGCAGAAGCUCCUGAAGAGCGUCAACAAGGCGAAGAUGAAGCUGUCGCUCUCGGAAACAGCCUCAGUGGAGGUGGACAACCUGGUGAAGAACAAGCACCUGAACGUCAAGCUCACGAGGUCGGACUACGACAAGCUGCUGGACCCGGUGCUGCAGAAGCUGAGUGAGCCGCUCAACAUGGCGCUGAGGGAGGCAAACCUAAAGCUGAGCGACCUGGACAGCGUAGAGAUGCUGGGCGGAGCCUGGAGAGUGCCCUCGGUGACGACGAAGCUCUCGGAGAGCGUCAAGCCGCUGCACCUGGGCUUUCACCUGAACGCAGAGGAGUCGAUAGCGAUGGGUUGCGGCUACCUGGCGGCGGCGCACAACCCGUUCUUCAGAAUGAAAAAAAUAGAAUUGUACGAUAAUGCAGUCUUCGAGUACGUGCUACACGUCAGAGGCCCGGACUUGGACAAGAGAGUGACCCUGUACAAAUCGGGAGACAGGAUAAACCACUCUAAAGUAGUCAAAGUUAACACAUCAAGCAGUUUCAACUUAUCAAUAUACGAGAGGUACACGGCCUCAGACUCCCUUGCGGAGGUAAAGGUGCUGGACUACAAGGUGACGGGCGUCGAGGACACGCUGCUGAGUCAGAAGAAACAUAGAGUGGCCCAGGUGAGUUUGACCUUUAAGACGGAAAAUGGAGUGAUACGCCUCGUUAAAGUGUCAGGAAAGCCAGUGAGGAAGCACGGAGACAAGAAACUGAGUAAGACCACUGAGGCGCCGACUGAGGUAUCGGACGUAGAGCACGCGUCCUCAGAGGAGUCAACAAACGAGGACGAGGGGCUGGAAGCAGGCGCCAGUGCCCACAGUACGACAACGGGUACCACAACCACGUCGAGCACAGGUGCUGGCGAUAAACAUGGCGUGCACGAGGAAAAGCACGAGGAAAAGCAAAAGCAGCAAGAGACAAGCGGUGGGAAAACGUCGAGUAAGUUCAGCGAAGACAAAGACGCCGGUGCGAGUAAAGCCAGCGACGCCAAGGACGCUGGUGCCGCAGCCGACUCUGCUGCUAAAUCUGGUUCUGGAGAUGCAACUAAAUCCGCUGCUAAAGAAACAGAAGAUAAAGAUGUUACGACUAAAUCUGGAGCUGGUGGAGACAAAGAAGCCGAUAAAGCAGGCGACAAGGAACAUGAAAGGAAGAAGUCAGAUCACAAGAAGGAAACGGCGAAAGAAAAGGGAGAAAAACAGACAAAGGAAAGCCUCAAGGAAAAGCUGAUGCAUAAGCUAAACGAGGAGCAAGUGGACCUGAAGUUUGUGGACAACACGAUGGACCUGUACCACGACAACAAGCUGAAGGAGACUAUGAAAAACAUAGAGACGCUGGUUAUCAGAGACAAGCUGGCGCUGGAAAGAAGCCACCUGAAGAAUAAGCUCGAGUCGAUGCUGUACAAGUACAAAGCAGUGCUGAGGUCGCAGGACUUCAAAGCAGCGUGUAGGCCGAACGAGGAGCAGGCGUUGAGCGAAAAGGUUAAGUCGCUGCUGGACUGGUUCGAAGAACACUCGUACAAGGCGACGCUGGAGACCUUCAAGAAGCACCUGGAGGAGCUUAACGAGCUGGGGGCGCCGAUAUACAGGAGAAUGGACAGCAACGUCAACAGGGAGUCGCUGGUCAAGUCGACAGAUGCGGAGUUCGCGGACCUCCAGGAGAAGCUGGCGCAGCUGCUGGCCGAGAAGCCGUACUUGAGCGACAGCGCCUCGACGCUCGAGAUGUUCAGGAACAGCGUCGCCUGGUGGGAGCAGGUUAAGCAGGACCAGGCGAAGAGGCCGCUCUUCGAGGAGGGCCUGUUCGACCACGCCUCGGUCAAGUCGAAGGUCGACCUGGCGCGAAUGCUCCUGAAGAACCUGCAGCAGAUUCAGCCGCCUCAGGACGCAGCCAAGGAGGCCGCCGCCGCCGAAGGUGAGACCAUCGGCGAGGGUGGCAAGGACGCCAGCACUGAAGAAGCGGCAAAACGCCCCCAGGAAUCAGACGACGGAUGGACAGCCGGUGGAAUUAAAAGGGACCCAGAGGGUCCCAGUGUCUCAAAAGACGAUCCACUGCACUCUGAGUUAUCACGUAUUUCUAUUACGGUUGUACAAAUAUCACUUUUGCACGCAACCUAUCAGCUUAUCGUCACAAACUGCAAGGCGACAAUGACAAUCAAUGAAAUAGACCCGAGUAUUAAAAACAGUCAUAAAACGAACCAUAGAGAGUCUAUAAAACCACAAAACACAAACGAGUAA